AUGUCCUCAUCCACUGCGAAGGGGAAGGCCCCCGCCAAUGGCAAUGCCGCAAACUUGCCAAACUACGAGCUCCCAUGGGUCGAAAAGUAUAGGCCACAAGUCCUGGACGACGUGGUCGGGAACACGGACACUAUCGAGCGGCUGAAGAUCAUCGCUAGGGAUGGGAACUGCCCUCACAUCAUCAUAUCUGGCAUGCCGGGUAUUGGGAAGACCACAAGCAUCCACUGCUUAGCGCACCAACUUCUUGGGGAUGGGUACAAAGAGGGUGUUUUGGAGCUGAAUGCGUCAGAUGAACGAGGUAUAGACGUCGUGCGCAACAAGAUCAAAUCCUUCGCACAGAAGAAGGUUACGCUCCCACCUGGACGCCACAAGAUUGUCAUUCUGGAUGAGGCGGACAGCAUGACCGCGGGAGCGCAACAAGCACUGCGGCGCACCAUGGAGAUCUACGCGAACACCACGCGAUUCGCGUUGGCGUGCAAUAUGUCCAACAAGAUCAUCGAGCCCAUUCAGAGUCGCUGUGCUAUCCUCCGGUACUCUAAGUUGCGGGACCAGGAGGUCUUGAAGCGCUUGCUUGAGAUUUGUGAGAUGGAAAAGGUGGAAUACAGCAACGAGGGCCUCGAAGCUCUCAUAUUUACUGCCGAGGGAGAUAUGCGACAAGCAAUCAAUAAUCUCCAGUCGACGUGGUCGGGCUUUGGCUUCGUCUCCGGGGAUAAUGUGUUCAAAGUCUGCGACCAACCACAUCCAAUCACCGUGCAAGCCAUGAUACGCGCCUGCCUGAAAGGUGACAUCGAAGGCGCGAUGGAUAAGCUGGACGAGCUUUGGGACCAAGGAUAUAGUGCGGUCGACAUUGUGGUCACGGUCUUCAGGGUGGUCAAGACGUUUGACGAGAUUCCGGAGUACACAAAACUUGAGUACAUCAAGGAGAUUGGCUGGACGCACAUGCGUAUUUUGGAAGGUGUAGGGACAUUGAUUCAACUCGGUGGUCUCAUGGCGCGUCUCUGCAAAAUGAACCACAAGCCAGAACACUUCCGUGUAUAA